AUGCCGACCACCUCAACAUCACUGAUAACAACCUCCAAAGGAGAAUUCGAAUCCUGCUUUGCGGUUGGGCUGGACUUGUCAGAAUUUGACAAUCAGAAUGCUCCAAACAAACCAACGACGAGCGCUGCUGCAGAAUUACUUCAGGUAAAGAAAUUGGAACGUGAGCAACGAAUGCAAGAGGAAGCGGCAGAAGAGAAGAUGAAAAAUUGCAUUCGUCAACAAAUAUCCACACUUCGAAGCUCGCAACAGAGACGGACCCCGGGAAAUAUGUUGGUGGAUGCUCUAGUGAAAAUGCAUGGUGGCGACACGGAUGAUCCAAGACAUCGAACCAUCAAAAUGGGAAAACAAAGGGGCCAAAGAAGAACAUCGUCACAAUCUUCCAGAACAAAGGCUGUCAAGAAAUCUCGCCGAAUAAAGCAUUCUAGAUAG